ACAUCGCAGAAAGGGCAGUUUACAGCAGAAAUCUGAGUGCGUUGUUUAUCUCCUGUCUGGCAGGUUACCUAUUAAUGCUCACUUGAUUGGAUACCCUGGGGAGCCUGGCCAGUCUUUUGUAAUGACAAAUACUUAGCUCCUGAGCCAGGUCACAGGCUCACCCUAUUCAUACACAGACAUACCCUUAAGACAGGAUUUGUGAAGGAAAAGACAAUGGGGAGGCUUUUCCAUUUUCCUUCAACCUUGCAAAGAAAUCGUUUGGUCAGUUUGGGGGUCAAAAUGGUUUCCGGGCUGUUUUCCUGUGCUGCUUCAGACAUGUGGUUUAUAUAUUUAUGUGCCUUCUUCUCCGUUCUCCUGGUCUACCUGCUCUUCACCUCCUACUGGCCUAUCAGCGUCCUGUAUUCCGCCUGGUGGAUCUUCGACUGGGAUACGCCAGAGAGAGGUGGGCGCCGCAGCGACUGGGUGAGGCGCUGGAGAGUCUGGGAGCUCCACCGGGAUUAUUUCCCCAUCAAGCUGGUGAAGACGGCCGAGCUGCCCCCGACGCGGAACUACGUCCUGGGCUCCCACCCCCACGGGAUCAUCUGCGCGGGGGCCUUUUCCGCCUUCUGCACCGAGGCCACGGGCUUUUCCCGUGCCUUCCCUGGCCUCCGCCCCAGCCUGGCCGCCCUCGCAGGGCUGUUUCGCAUACCCGUCUACCGGGAGUACCUGAUGAGCUCAGGGUUGGUCCCGGUCAACAAAAGGUCCCUGGACUUCCUCCUGAGUGGCCCCCCGGGGCACGCGGUGGUCAUCGUGGUGGGGGGCGCGUCCGAGAUGCUGGACAGCGCCCCCGGAGAGCAGCGCGUCUACCUUCAAGGGAGGAAGGGCUUCGUGCGCCUAGCGCUGCAACACGGGGCUGACCUGGUGCCUGUUUACACCUUUGGGGAGAAUGACAUUUACCGACAGAUCCGCUUCCCCGAGGGCAGCUUCGUUCGCCGCCUCCAGCUCGGUUUCAAGCAGCUGACCGGCUUGGCCCCUUGCCCCUUCAGUGGGAGGGGCCUCUUCUCCAGCAUCUCUUGGGGGAUCCAGCCCAUGGCUGCCCCCCUCACGGUGGUGGUGGGGAAGCCUAUCCCAGUCCCGCUCUGCCCGUGCCCCACCGAGGACGAGGUGAACAGCUUCCACGCUCUCUACGUCGAGGCCCUGAAGGAGCUCUUUGAUGCCCAUAAAGAAUCCUGCGGCCUCCCGGCCUCCCAGCAGCUCCUUGUCACCUAGAGGGACCCAGACUUGACCCGAAGCAGCAUCAGGGGGCACAAGGUUGUGAUGGGGGGAGACACAUGGGAGUCUUUGCCCCCCAUCCCCAUCUGUACACACCAUUUCCAAUAAAAGGCGCUGUGCCUGAUGUCUGAUUUUGGGUCCUUGGUGCCCGAACCCCCUUUUUGUGCUCGCCUGCGGAGCCCAAGGCUGGUUGUCUCAUUCGCACAUGCAUUAUGAAGGCAAGGUCUGCAGGGCCCGGCAGCCAGAGAAGCAGGCCGUGGCCCUGUUAGAAUACCUGCUCCAUGACUGCCGUCAUGGGAUUGUUGUCUUUUACAUGACAGUGUAUGUUUUGACUCCACAGAGUGGGAAGUGACGGAGACAGGAUGUUUGUGUUCCGUGAAGUGGGACUAUUGUCCUUUGUUCUUUUUCUCCUUGCUGUCUGAUGCUAGAAAGAGGGAGCCAUGUUGCAGUGCUCCGUGUGUCUUUAAAUGUAAAUAAAGUAGAUUAGCCAAAAUGCUGAGUUCUGUUACGCAUGAUGUGCAUACUCUGCAGAUCCCUAAGUGUGCUGGUGUCGGUUGGCAUCGGUCCGGGCUGAAGAAAGCUUUUGAAGCUCCCGAACGAUUGAUCAGGAGGGAGAGAACAUGCCAGCCGGGCAUGUUUCUCUGCCAGGGUCCUACUCGGGUGUAGGCCGAGCUCCUGACAGCCCCUGGAUCCAUGGCACUGGCUUGAGGGUGCCUGCCCACAUGCCCUCCGGGUGAGCAGCUAGGAGCUUGCCUGUCUGCAAGAGAAAAGAUCAUUUGGACAUGCAGGCCUAGCUCUUACACGGAAAAUGGGGGCUGUUACGGAAAUUACCGGGGGGGCACAUCUUUAAAGUUAAAUGUUACAAAUAUUAUGCCUGAAUGUAUCCUUUCAACUUGACAGCUCAGGGAAGUUACCUAGCUUUAAAAUAAUAUAAAAUCAUCUCCUUUCCCAGUUUCCUCCAUUCCAAAGCUAUUUUUCCCCUUGCAAAAGGACUCCAGGAAGUUCUCAAAGGUGACAAUUGCUGGGCUCAUGGUUAGCCAAGGGAAGCCAAAUCUCAUCACCUGACCCGCCUCAGGCUCCAGACAUGCAAAGGAACUUCUAUUGUACUUUUGGGUGGUGGGUACUUAAGACAUAUUUGUCUAUGCUAAUCUUAUACCUGAGUCUUGCCCUGCCAUGUCUGCUUAUGCUAAUCUUGUACCAAGGACUUGUCUGGACAUGUUUGCCAAGGUUAACCCCUCCCCUUUUGUGACAUGGCAGUGAUGUAGCAAUGAUGCUGUACGAACUGUAUUCUGGGAUGUGGUGGGAAAGUUUAAAAAGUCUUUGUCACCCCAUCCUCGGGGUUCAAAAUUUGCUCUUUGAAACUACUGCGCAAUAAACUUUGGUCUACAGCUAUU